GCGGUCAUACUGCCCAGCUGUUCGGCCAUACACACGCACGUGCUGCAGCGUCGCCUUCUUAACUUGUAUUUUCCAUAUUUGGCUACUGUUUUGGGACGCCGUCCCCUCCGCACUCCACACUCCGCACACCAAAAGCUGCUCAAACAUCGCCGCACAAGCCGCCGAAAUGGGCAAGAACAAGCGCAAGAACAAGCAGCAGCAGCAACAGCAGCAGUCGCCGUCACUGGCCCAGACGCCAACGCAGACGCAGUCGGAAGCAGCCUCUGGAUCCGCUUCGGGGACGACCUCGGCAUCGGGCUCCGCUGCGGGUAAUCAAACAAGCGACAGCCAUAGCGUUCAGGACAAGAACAAAAUCGAUGGAAAGCGCUUCCCCAGCCUGAGUGGCCAGCGGGGCGAGCUGAACGCACUAGUUGUGCGCCUCUUGGAGCUGGUGGCCAUGCAGCCGGCCAAUCCUAACGAAGAGUGGAAGCAGUAUGUGGAGCUGCAGCUACAGCUGCAGCGAAUCAUGGUGCUGGAGGAGCCGUUGCAGAAGGCCGUCUGCCUGGAUGCCACCGACGACCAGUCGCGCCAGGCCAAAGUUACCGCGUUUAGCGAAUGGGCCAAGGCGGGCGGCGUGAAGACCGACUGUCUGGAGAUAGCCAUCUUUCCUGGCUAUCAGCUGGGCCUGCGUGCCACCCAGGACAUCGCCGCCGAGCAGCCAGUUUUGAGCGUGCCACGAACGCUGAUCUUCUCCGAGGAGCACUUGCCCGAGACCGACCGCAAGCUCUUCUGCAACUUUCCUCUGCUGACUAACUUCAACCUGGCGUACGCCCUGGUCAUCGAGAAGGUGCGCGGCCCGGACAGUGUCUGGCGUCCCUACAUCGACGUCCUGCCGGCUCGCUACAACACCGUCCUCUACUUCUCCAUCGAGCAGAUGCAGCGGCUCCGCGGCACCGCUGCCUGCACCUCGGCCCUGCGCCAGUGCCGCGUCAUUGCCCGCCAGUAUGCCAACAUGUACAAGUGCGCCCACAUUCGGCCCGACGCCAGUAGCGCCUCCUCGAUGGGCGUGCUCUUCACCCAGCACGGCCUCUGCUACGAGCUCUACCGGUGGGCAGUGUCGACGGUGAUGACGCGUCAGAAUCUGGUGCCUCGUGAGCUUCAGGCCAACGAUGACGGUGACGACCUCAGCCAGUUGCCCAUUUCGGCCUUGAUACCCUACUGGGACAUGGCCAAUCACAGGCCCGGGAAGAUAACCUCCUACUACGACAGCGGUGUCCACCAGAUGGACUGCACGGCCCAGGAGGCCUGCAAGGCUGGCGAGCAGUUCUUCAUCUACUACGGCGAUCGAUCCAAUGCCGAUCUGCUGGUCCACAACGGUUUCAUAGAUGUGAACAACCGGAAGGACUACGUAAAGAUCCGUCUGGGCCUGGGUCUCUCAGAUGCCCUGGUCGAGCAGCGGGCCAAGAUUCUGGCAAGACUUAACAUAGAGCGGAAGGCGGAGCUUAGGGUGCUUCCGGCUCCCGAUUACAUCUCCGGCGAGCUGCUGGCCUUCGUGCGCGUCUUCAACAUGAGCGCCGACCAGCUGGAGCACUGGGGCAGCGACUUGGAGCGCGCCGUAGAUCUGUUGCACAUCGACUGUGCUUUGGAGACGGAUCAUGAGACGCGCACAUGGCAGUACUUGUACCAGCGGCUCAAGCUGCUGCUUGGCGUCCUCGAGGCGACUUUCAAGGAGUCGGACGAACUUCAGCAACUAGAGAAAAUACAGCUUACGGAGAAGCAGGAGGUUAAUAAGGAGCUGCCGGGCCAGGAGAUCGAUCUACUGGUGGUGCAGUACCGCCGGCUGGAGCGUCGCAUUCUCACGGAUGCCCUCGAGUAUGCCCAGGAGCGGUGCAAGGUCUGAAUUGCUCAGACCCCCUAAGAUUAACCAAACCAGAUGAAUUAUCUUUCGAGAGCAUCACUUACGAAAUUCGAGUGGCCAUCUAAGCAGGAAUAACUCAUUUAGCAGUAACGACAAACCGCUUUUAUUUAAGGUUAAUUUAUUUUAAUUUCAGUUGGUUUUUUUUGCAGUAGAUCUUAGUCGUGAAACCAAAAGAACACUUCUUCAUUUAUCGGUUGUAGGCGGUAUUGAUCGACUAUCAAUUGCACUAAACCGUCUUCACGAUAAUCUAUAUUGAAGUCUGUCUCGAUCUUAACUCUUUUGUGCACAGCAUAAGCCACGCCCAGAAAUAUGAUUAUGAAUCUAGUUUCUAGCGAUUAUUUGUUUUGUUUUGUUUGCUUUUUAUUUUGAUUUCAUUUAAUAUAUUUUUUGUUUUCGAAAAUAAAUAUGAAACUAAAUACAGCA